AUGUCUGACGCCAGCCCUCCCACGAACCAGGGCCAGCUGCCCAACUGGCUGCUUGAAGGACUCCCUUCGUUCCCUAGACCUGUCCGCCACGAAUACGAGUCCAGCCCUCCGCUUUCAUACGCGAAACCUAUUAGACCCGCUACCUACCUCUCCCCGUACACGAAGAAUAGCUCCGGUGCUAGGCUGCGCCGCGUCUUUGCCAUGGAAGAGAGCGCGAUGCUCACUGGUAGUCAACCUAACAACUCUACUCAAUGGGCUGCGUUUAGCCGAGCCAUCCAAUCAAGAACUAUGCCUGUCGACCCGGCAUUCCCCGUUCAGGAGAGUGUUAGCCUUGGAGUUGCAGCGAACAGUCCCCAGAUUAUACAGCGCCCUGCUAUCAACUACUCUAGCCUCGAUCAGGACGGCCAGCUCCGUCAAGCCAGCAAUUCCGCACCUUCCGCGUCCGAAAAGGAAUGGAAUUACGACGACGCGGCUUUGAACUUAAACAACAUUCUUGAGGAGACUACGAUCGACGUCCUUGAGAGGGCCAGUAUUUGCCUCAAGAAAUUCGCCGAAAACAAGGCUAUCGAGACUAGCGAUGUCGUCAGGGGAACUAGGAUGACUCCAGUACUGAAUAAAGCUCUCCAAGAGACUCAUGAACGCCUUCGAAUUCUGGCAUCGACUCAAUCCGAUAACGAUAGGCACUCUACAAACACCUCCCACGGACCUACAGCUUUAGAAAUCGACCAAAUAUGCUCUUCUGACACGGCCCGACUGCGACGCAAUCGUCCUCGCCUUUUGGCAGGACGCGGUGCCCGGUUCGAUGCUCCUCUGCCGCAGACGGAUGAUGGUAGGAAGGCUGAUGUGCGCCGGAUUCGUGAUAGCAUGCUGAAUACAAUCGGGUUUAUCGACAUAGGCAAUUUCUGCUCUACUGGAGUGAAUCCCGACUCCAAGCUGUUGUAUGCCAAUAGGAUCGAUAUCGUGUGCAGUAUGCUGGCCAGACGCAAGCACUACUCUACUUACAUUGUCAAUGGCGAUAUGGUCCGAAUCUGGUGGCUGGCAGGAGAUCCGAAGCACGUCGAAGCUCGUGUUCCUAGAAAUCUGCUUGGCAACGAAAAAAAACAAAAGUUUACCAAGAUUGGACGCGAGCUCGCCGAAAUGAAGAGCAUACCAGCGGACCAGCAAGCGGAGGAGCCGGACGACACGACGACCCUUAUCCUGACGCUAACGUCAACCCUAGCUUCUGCGACCCGAAUUUCUGGCCGAACUGUCACUCAGGAACGCAAGCCGGGGGGGGGAGGGUUGAACCUAGGAGAUGAAGACGAGGAGUACAUGGAAGUGGCCGAGAACACUGGUAGGAAGAAGAAAAACCCCCUCACCCGAUCAGCUAGUCGACUUGUUAGGAAGUCUGAAAUUGGCGGAGACUAG